CUCUCUACCUUUUCAAAACCUCACCUUACCUCUUUUUUCUUCGUGGUUCGUCCCUAAAACCCCUCCCCCCCUCUCUCUCAUCGAAAUCUUGAAAUGGAUACUGCUACCGUACGCCUUUCCUCCUCUUAGUGUCUCUCUCUCUUGCCAUCACUCUCAUGGACGCCAUUCUCUUCUCACUUCCGCCGACCAAUCCUUUCACCUCUCAACGUCCACUGCCAUUGCGAACCGCUUCAUCUCCUUCACUCACCACGAAACGCCGCAUUCGAAACCAAAAAUCCCCCAGAAAAGCCACCACAAAUGUCUUCCCAUUCGGUAGCCAUUUAAGCUCAAUUAGCUUCCCAGGAGCUUCCCGAACCUCCAAAUUCGCGAACCCGGAAGAAAAAUCAGCUCUCGAAGGCUGUAUCCGCUCAAAUUAUAAUGAGGACCCGGAAGAAGAAUCAGUUGUGGAAAUUUAUAGCAGCUCAAAUUCUCACUACCCAGUGAAGAGCUUGUUGAAUUUGAUUGUAAAUUGCGGGAAUUUCGAUAAAAGUAUAAUCAAUCGCAUUGCAAAAACAAUAGUCUACGCAUUGUUUUGUACUGCAAUAGGUUUCUCUCCAUUUCUGGGAUUUCGAGCAUGUGCAGUUGCAGCUCCCGUGGUUGCCAAAUCAAUUUUAGAUAGAAAAGAGAAUGUGAAAGAGCAGCAAUCUAUUACGGUGCGUUCAAAGGGGCACGAGUAUUCCGAGUGCACUCGGAGAUUGCUGGGGGUGGUUUCAGAGCUGUUGAGGAAUAUAGAAGAGGCUCGGAGAGGGAAUGGGGAGAUAAAAGAAGUGGAGGAGGCUUGGAAGGCGGUGAAGUCAAAGAAAGAGGAGUUGCAAGAGGGGAUAAUGAGUGAGCUGUAUGUGAAGGUGAAUCAGUUGAAGAGAGAGAAGAUGGAAUUGGAAAAGCGGGCGGAGGAGAUUGUGGAUGAGGUAGUGAAGGCAAAGGGAGAGUAUGAAAGGUUGGUAAGGAAGGGGAAAAAGGAGGGGAAGGAGAAGAUGGAAAGGUUGGAAGAGAGUUUGAGGGGAUUGGAGGUGGAGUAUAAAACAGUUUGGGAGAAGGUUGGGGAGAUUGAGGAUCAAAUUUUGAGGACUGAGACCGUAACAAUGAGUUUUGGGGUGAGGGAGCUUUGUUUUAUUGAGAGGCAAUCUGAGCAGUUGGUGGGAAGGUUUAUCCGGGAAAUGAGGAACAAGAGUACUGACAGUCUACCGAAAAGCUUCAUCCCCAAGCUUUCCAAAUCUGAUAUUCAGAAAGAUUUGGCAAGUGCGCAAAGAAAACAUUUGGAGCAAAUGAUUUUGCCUAGUAUCUUGGAGCUUGAGGAUCUUGGACCUUUAUUUGAUCAAGAGUCCAGGGAUUUUGCUCAGCGUAUAAGCGAGGGCCUUAGAGAUUCAAGGGAGCUGCAAAGAAAUUUGGAGGCUCGUAUAAGAAAAAAUAUGAAGAAGUUUGGUGAUGAAAAGCGUUUUGUUGUAAACACGCCAGAAGAUGAAGUGCUAAAAGGUUUUCCAGAAGUUGAAUUGAAGUGGAUGUUUGGAGAUAAAGAGGUUGUGGUUCCAAAUGCUAUAGGCCUCCAUUUGUUUCAUGGUUGGAAGAAGUGGCGUGAAGAAGCCAAGGCAGACCUGAAAAGAAACUUGUUAGAAAAUCUCGAGUUUGGUGAACAGUAUGUGGCUGAAAGACAGGAACGUAUUCUUCUUGACCGAGAUAGAGUGGUGUCAAAGACUUGGUAUGAUGAAGAGAACAAUAGGUGGGAAAUGGAUCCAAUGGCUGUUCCAUAUGCUGUGUCCAAGAAACUAGUGGAGCAUGCUCGAAUCAGGCAUGAUUGGGCUGUCAUGUAUAUUUUACUGAAGGGGGAUGACAAGGAAUAUUGUGUCAACAUUAAGGAAUUUGAACUGCUGUUUGAAGAAUUUGGAGGUUUUGAUGGGCUAUAUAUGAAAAUGCUUGCCUGUGAUAUUCCAACUACUGUUCACCUGAUGUGGAUCCCCCUUUCAGAGUUGGAUUUCCGUCAACAGUUUCUCUUGACUAUGAGGCUGUCGAGUCAAUGCUUGAAUGGAUUGUGGAAGAGUAGAAUUGUAUCAUACGCAAAAAAUUGGGUUUUUGAGAAAAUUAGAAAUAUAAAUGAUGACAUUAUGAUGAUGGUUGUGUUUCCAACUGUGGAGUUUAUAAUUCCUUACCCGGUAAGGAUGAGGUUGGGGAUGGCAUGGCCAGAGGAAAUAGACCAAGCCGUUGACUCGACGUGGUACUUGAAAUGGCAGUCUGAGGCAGAAAGGAGGUUUAAAUCCCGUAAAAGAGAUAACAUACAGUGGCUUCUUUGGUUUCUAGUUAGAAGCAUUAUAUAUGGAUUUGUUUUGUUUCAUGUUAUCCAGUUUAUGAGUAGAAAAACUCGAAGACUUCUUGGUUAUGGGCCUUUACGUAGAAAUCCAGACCUGUGGAAGCUGCGGAGGGUGAAAGCCUACCUUAGUUAUAGGGUGAGGGAAAUCAAACGUAAGAAAAAAGCUGGCAUUGAUCCCAUAAAAACUGCAUUUGAGGGAAUGAAGAGGGUGAAGAAUCCACCAAUACCAUUAAAAGACUUUGCUAGUAUUGAUUCUAUGAGGGAGGAAAUCAAUGAAGUUGUGGCAUUUCUACAAAAUCCUCGAGCAUUCGAAGAGAUGGGUGCCCGUGCACCUCGGGGAGUUCUGAUAGUAGGUGAGAGGGGAACAGGAAAGACAUCUCUAGCAUUGGCUGUAGCUGCGGAAGCCAAGGUGCCUGUUGUUGAAAUUAAAGCCCAACAGUUGGAGCCUGGAUUAUGGGUUGGCCAAAGUGCAUCAAAUGUUAGGGAACUGUUUCAAACAGCAAGAGAUUUGGCGCCUGUAAUCAUAUUUGUGGAGGAUUUUGAUCUCUUUGCUGGUGUACGUGGGAAGUUCAUUCAUACUAAAAAUCAGGAUCAUGAGGCUUUCAUUAAUCAACUUCUAGUGGAACUUGAUGGGUUUGAAAAACAAGAUGGGGUUGUCUUGAUGGCUACUACCAGAAAUCUGAAGCAAAUUGAUGAGGCCUUGCAGCGACCUGGUAGGAUGGAUAGAGUGUUUCAUCUUCAAAGGCCUACUCAAGUGGAGAGGGAAAAGAUAUUACACAUUGCUGCAAAAGAUACCAUGGAUGAUGAGCUAAUUGAUUUUGUAGACUGGAGAAUGGUUGCUGAGAAGACAGCCCUAUUACGGCCUAUAGAACUAAAACUUGUUCCUGUGGCCUUGGAGGGUAGUGCUUUUAGGAGCAAAUUUCUUGAUCCAGAUGAACUAAUGAGCUACUGUAGUUGGUUUGCGACUUUCAGUCAUAAUGUCCCCAAAUGGUUACGGGAAACCAAGUUUGUGAAUAAACUAAGCAAAAUGCUGGUGAAUCAUCUUGGACUGAAAUUGACUAAAGAAGAUUUGCAGAAUGUGGUUGAUCUAAUGGAACCAUAUGGCCAGAUAAGCAAUGGAAUAGAACUUCUAAACCCUCCUAUUGAGUGGACAAGGGAAGCCAAGUUCCCACAUGCUGUUUGGGCUGCUGGUCGUGCUCUUAUUGCUCUUCUAUUGCCCAACUUUGCUGUAGUAGAUAAUCUAUGGCUUGAGCCAUUGUCUUGGCAGGGAAUUGGCUGUACAAAAAUCACUAAGGUGAGAAAUGAAGGCUCUGCAAAUGGGACUUCGGAGUCUAGGUCAUACCUCGAAAAGAAGCUUGUAUUUUGCUUUGGUUCAUAUCUCGCAGCCAGAAUGCUACUUCCUUUUGGGGAAGAAAAUUUUCUAUCUUCUUCAGAAUUAAACCAGGCACAAGAGAUUGCCACAAGAAUGGUGAUUCAGUAUGGCUGGGGGCCUGAUGAUAGUCCUGCAAUUUACUAUCAUAGCAAUGCGGUUACAGCUUUAAGUAUGGGCAACAACCAUGAGUUUGAGAUGGCAGCUAAAGUUGAAAAGAUGUACGAUUUAGCAUAUUAUAAAGCCAAAGAAAUGCUUCAGAAGAAUCAUCAAGUUCUUGAAAAGAUUGUUGAGGAGUUGGUUGAAUUUGAAAUCCUGACUAGAAAGGAUUUGGAAAGAAUAGUUGAAGAAUAUGGUGGGAUUCAGGAGAAGGAACCAUUUUUUCUUUCAAGUUCUUAUAAUAGAGAGCCAUUGUCUAGCGGCUUUCUUGAUGGUGGGAAUGCAACGGGUACUGCGCUUUUAAGAUCAGCCUAGUCUCAGUUAAAUAUGCAGCUCUAUAGGAGAUACCGGAUGUAGAUUUUAAGGUGAAUCUUAGUUUUGGAUGGACUAUUUUGUGUUUCAGAAUAGGUUUCCUAGUUAUAAUGUUACAUAUUCAUUCAUUUUUAGCAUAAGAGAGGUACAAUGUAAAAUAAUUAGACGGAAAGUAGUUUUGGGUUUGGAAGAGGUACCAUUUGUCCUUCACUGCCAUCAUAUUUCGCCUUUGUGAUGAGUUGCAAGCCUUCCGCGUGCUCUUCUCAAUUUCAA